CAUGUUUGAUUUCUAAGAUGAGAAGUUCACAUGCGGAAGCCUUUCUUAUUUGCCAUGUAGAAGUGCUGAAUUUUGGAACCAAAAAUAACUGGUAGACUAAGCUCUGGUCACAACUGCUGUUAAUGGUAUUAACUGUCAAGCAUGGCUAGACAGCAUUUCAAGUCCAGUUCCUUUGGGGUGUCUCAGUACAGUUCCUUUUCAGCUUCCUCUCUGAAAGCCCCCGUUUUGCUCUCUUGCUGCUCAUCACUUCCUCUUCUGCACUGAUAUAUCUACUGAGAUAUGCUGUCAACCUUGCACUUGUUGGGACAUGAACAAGAGGUAUGAUUCUUGCUGGCACACUCAGCCUGUUGUGGGGCUCAGCUGCAGUUCUGGCUGUUGCUUUGGGGGAACCAGGUAGCUGUGGCCCCGCAGCUAGGCUGGACUUUGCUGAGCUGGCGGACAAGUAUAAAGGAAAGAAUUCCUUUCCUGUUGGCUCGAUUGUGAAAUAUGUGUGUCGUCCAGGCUAUCACAAACUACCUGGACUGAACCACUCCAGUACAUGCCUUCAAAGCCAGAAGUGGAGUAAAGUUCAGGAAUUCUGUCAAAAAAGACGAUGUGGAUAUCCAGGAGAACCAGAAAAUGGCCAGUUGAUUGGCUCAGAAGAUCUUCUCUUGGGUUCCACUGUAGAGUUCAUCUGUAAUGAGGGGCACAGACUAAUUGGUCAGUCUUCCAGAAAGUGUGUGGUAGAGGACCAAAGAGUUAUGUGGACUGGUGACAUUCCUAUUUGUCAGCGCAUUCCAUGUUUUCCACCACCAAAAAUUCCCCAUGGCAAGCAUACUGGCAUACAUAUGGAUGAUUUUUUCUAUGGAACAGCUGUAACAUACACUUGUGAAGCAGGCUACCCCCUUGUUGGACAUGCCAGUAUUUACUGUACUACCAAGGAUGGGCAAAAUGGAGUGUGGAGCAGCCGUGUAUAUUGUGGAGUGACCUCCUGUUCAUCUCCAGAAAUUGCAAACGGAAAGAUAGUGGCCGGUGCUUCUGACACAUAUGCAUAUAACCAAAAGGUUGUGUUUGACUGCAAAGAUGGCUACAGGCUAGUUGGUUCAAGAGAGAGCCAUUGCCAAGCGGAUGGCACAUGGGACCCUCCUCUACCUAUCUGUGAAAGGGAAGGCAGCUGUGGUCCUCCAGUGAGGUUAGACUUUGCUGAACUUCACAAUGAGUAUAAAGAGAAAGAAUCCUUUCCCGUUGGCUCGAUUGUGAAAUACACAUGCCGCCCAGGCUAUGUGAAGCGCCCUGGAAUGGAGGCCUCUGUUAUGUGCCUGAGAAAUCAGGUGUGGUCAGAAGUUCAGGAAUUCUGUAAAAUGGUACACUGUCAAUCUCCGGAAAUUCCAAAUGGAAAGAUAGUGAGCGGUGCUUCUGACACCUAUGGAUAUAAACAAAGGGUGGUGUUUGACUGCAAUGAUGGCCACAGGUUGGCUGGCUCAAGAGAAAGCAACUGCCAAGCGGAUGGCACAUGGGACCCUCCUCUACCUGUCUGCAAAAGGGUGGUACAAUGCCUGCCACCUCCAGAUAUUGAAAAUGGAACUCACAGCAGCCAGGAAGUAGUAAUAUUCUUCAAUGGCAUGUCUGUGAAUUACAUGUGUGAUCCUGGCUAUGCUCUUACUGGAGAGGCAACUAUUUAUUGCACAGAUGCAGGCACCUGGUCUUCUCCAGCCCCACGCUGCAAAGGAGGCAGCUGUGGUCCUCCAGUGAGGUUAGACUUUGCUGAACUUCACAGUGCAUAUAAAGAAAAGAAUUCCUUUCCUAUUGGCUCAGUAGUGAAAUAUACAUGCCGCCCAGGCUAUGUGAAGCACCCUGGAAUGAAGGCCUCUCUUACGUGUCUCAGAAAUCAGGUGUGGUCAGAAGUUCAGGAAUUCUGUAAAAGAAAAUCAUGUGGACAUCCAGGAGAACCAGACAAUGGCAGGCUGAUUGUAUCAGGAGAUUUUUUAUUUGGUUCUACAGUAAAUUAUACCUGUGAGGAAGGGCAUGUGCUAACUGGUCAGUCCUUCAGACAAUGUAUGAGAUUUGGCCAAGGAGUAGCAUGGAUCCCUGCCCUUCCCGUUUGUCAGCGUAUUUCAUGCAAUCCGCCACCAGAAAUUCCCCAUGGAAAGCAUACUGGCAGAAAUUUGAAUGACUUCUCCUAUGGGACAGCAGUAACAUACACUUGUGAAGCAGGCUACCCCCUUGUUGGAAAUGCCUCUAUUUACUGUACUACUAACGAUGGGAUAAAUGGAGUGUGGAGCAGCCGUGCAUACUGUGGAGUGACUCACUGCCCACCUCCUCUAGUUGAAAAAGGAAGAAUAGUGUCCAGUUCUUCUGGAAUGUAUACAUAUAAGCAAAGGGUUACAUUUGAAUGCCUUGCUGGCCACAGGCUAACUGGUUCAAGAGUGAGCCAUUGUCAAGUGGAUGGCACAUGGGACCCUCCUCCACCUCUUUGUGAAACGGCAUACUGCUCCUCACCUCCACGUGUUGAUCAUGGAAAAUACAGUGCCCUGGAAUCAGCAAAAUAUACCAAUGGAGCCUCUGUAAAAUACAGCUGUGAAUCUGGUUAUGUACUGAUAGGAGAGGCAACUAUUUACUGCACAGCAUCUGGUGCAUGGAGUAUCCCUGUCCCACACUGUAAAGCUAUGCGUUGUCCAUUUCCCCCAAAGAUUCUUCAUGGAAAGUAUAUCGAACGAGAUUUCAGAUAUGGGCAAUCCAUAAGAUACAAAUGUGAUACUGGCUAUUCCCUUGUUGGAGAGGAAUUGGUUACCUGUAUUUUAGCAGGCUCAAAUGCUGUGAAAUGGAGUGAAACUCCAAAAUGCAAAGUGGUGCAAUGCAAGCUACCACCUUCUAUUGAAAAUGGGGCUCACAGCAACCAAGGAACAGCAGUGUUCACCAGAGGAAUGUCUGUGCAAUACACGUGUAAGCCUGGUUACACUCUUACUGGAGAGGCAAAUCUUUAUUGCUCGGAUUCUGGCACAUGGAGUCCUCUUCCUCCUCACUGUGAAGCUAUGCACUGUCCAUUGCCCCCAGUGAUUGACCAUGGAACAUACACUGGGGAAGACUUCAGAUAUGGGCAACAUGCGGUAUAUAUUUGUGAUGCUGGCUAUUCCCUAGUUGGAGAGCCCUUGGCUACCUGCAUUUUAGAAGGCUCAAAUUCUGUGAAAUGGAGCGAACCUCCACAGUGCAAAGUCACUGGCUGUGUAACUCCAGAUGUUCAGAAUGGAAAAGUAACACUCUCUGAAGAGGAAGGGAGAAUUACGAUCCGGUGUAACCCUGGCUACUUCCUCAAGGGCAACCAUACCAUUCAAUGCACGCUGGACAGGAUGUGGGACUCCCCUCCGCCCACCUGUGUCAGGGAUGUCCAGUGCCAGCCACCCCCGUUUAUCCAAAAUGGAGGUCACAGCAGCCAGCAAGCUGCAGUCUUUACCAGAGGGAUGGUUGUGACAUAUACCUGUGACUCAGGCUACAAUCUUACCGGAGAGAAAACUAUUUAUUGCACAGACUUGGGCACUUGGUCUUCCCCAGCCCCUCGCUGUGAAGUGGUGCAAUGCCAGCUGCCACCCCCUGUCCAAAAUGGGGCUCACAGCAACCAAGGGACAGCAGUGUUCACCAGAGGAACGUCUGUGAAGUACGCCUGUGAGCCUGGCUACACGCUUACUGGAGAGGCCACUAUUUAUUGCUCGGAUUCUGGCACAUGGAGUCCCCUUCCUCCUCGCUGUGAAGCUAUGCACUGUCCAUUGCCCCCAGUGAUUGACCAUGGAACAUACACUGGGGAAGACUUCAGAUAUGGGCAACAUGCAGUAUAUAUUUGUGAUGCUGGCUAUUCCCUAGUUGGAGAGCCCUUGGCUACCUGCAUUUUAGAAGGCUCAAAUUCUGUGAAAUGGAGCGAACCUCCACAGUGCAAAGUGGUGCAAUGCCAGCUGCCACCCCCUGUCCAAAAUGGGGCUCACAGCAACCAAGAAACAGCAGUGUUCACCAGAGGAAUGCCUGUGAAGUACACCUGUGAGCCUGGCUACACGCUUACUGGAGAGGCCACUAUUUAUUGCUCGGAUUCCGGCACAUGGAGUCCUGCUCCUCCUCAAUGUGAAGCUAUGCAGUGUCCAUUGCCCCCAAGGAUUGUCCAUGGAAAGUUUGUUGGAGAAGACUUCAGAUACAAGCAAUCUGCAAUAUACAUUUGUGAUGCUGGCUAUUCUCUUGUUGGAGAGCACAACAUUACUUGUAUUUUAGAAAGCUCAAACUCUGUGAAAUGGAGUGAACCUCCAAAAUGCAAAGGGUGCCCUGCACCUCCAAAGAUUGGCAAUGGGACACAUGACCAAAAAGGUCUGGAAGAUUUCCCUUAUGGUUCAUCUGUGACAUAUCUUUGUGACCCAGGCUACAUUCUUAUUGGAUCAGCAACAAUUCAUUGUCUGUCUUCUGGAGUAUGGGAUGGACCAGUGCCUAAGUGUAAACAUGGAGAAUUUGCUGGUUGUGUAACUCCAGAAGUUCAGAAUGGAAGAGUAAUGCUCUCUGAAGAGGAAGGGACAAUUACGAUCCAGUGUAACCCUGGCUGCAUCCUCAAAGGGAACCACACAAUCCAGUGCACAUUGGACGGGACGUGGGACUCCCCUCUGCCCACUUGUGUUGGGGAUGUUCAGUGCCAGCCACCCCCAUUUAUCCAAAAUGGAGGUCACAGCAGCCAGCAAGCUGCAGUCUUUACCAGAGGGAUGGUUGUGACAUAUACCUGUGACUCAGGCUACAAUCUUACUGGAGAGAAAACUAUUUAUUGCACAGACUUGGGCACUUGGUCUUUCCCGGCCCCUCGCUGUGAAGUGGUGCAAUGCCAGCUGCCACCCCCUGUCCAAAAUGGGGCUCACAGCAACCAAGGGACAGCAGUGUUCACCAGAGGAAUGUCUGUGAAGUACGCUUGUGAGCCUGGCUACACGCUUACUGGAGAGGCCACUAUUUAUUGUUCAGAUUUCGGCACAUGGAGUCCUGCUCCUCCUCGCUGUGCAGUUAUGCAUUGCCCAUUGCCCUCAAGGAUUACCCAUGGAAAGUACAUUGGAGAAGACUUCAGAUAUGGGCAAUCUGUGAUAUACAUUUGUGAUGCUGGCUAUUCCCUUGUUGGAGAGCACUCAGUUACCUGUAUUUUAGAAGGUUCAAACUCUGUGCGAUGGAGUGAACUUCCAAAGUGCAAAGGGUGUCCUGCACCUCCUGAGAUUUCGAAUGGGAAAAAUGAUGGCAAAACUCUGGAAGAUUUCCCUUAUGGCUCCUUUGUGACAUACCAUUGUGAACCAGGCUAUAUUCUUACUGGAGCAACAACAAUGCAUUGCCUGUCUUCUGGAACAUGGGAUGGACUUGUGCCUCAGUGUACCCGCAGCAAAUUUGCUGGUUGUGUAACUCCAGAAGUUCAGAAUGGAAGAGUAAUGCUCUCUGAAGAGGAAGGGACAAUUACGAUCCAGUGUAACCCUGGCUGCAUCCUCAAAGGGAACCACACCAUCCAGUGCACAUUGGAUGGGACGUGGGACUCCCCUCUGCCCACGUGCGCUAGGGGGUGUCUUAGACCUCCAAUGAUUGACAAUGGGAAGUGUGGCAAUGAAACCAUGGAAGAUUUUCCUUAUGGCUCCAAUGUGACUUAUCAUUGUGAUCCAGGCUUUUUUCUUACUGGAACAUCAACAAUCCACUGUCUGGAUUCUGGAACAUGGGAUCUCCCUGCUCCUCAGUGUAAAAGCAACCAAUCAGUUGGCUGCAUCCUCCCACGGAUUUCUGGUGUCAAUCAGACAGAAACUGAAACUGUGAUUCAGGUUGGAGUAAAUGUGACUCUGGAGUGUAAUGAUGGUAACACCUUGACAGGUAGUCCUCAAUUUCAGUGCCAGCAUAAUUUCACUUGGAACCCUCCUCUGCCAGCUUGUAAACCAGAAUACCAUGUUUCAUCUUCCCUAGGCCUUGGAUCUCUGGUUGGUGUUGUGCUACUUCUGAUUCUUUUUGGUUGCAUACCCAUUAUGAUUUUGAAGCGAAACAAUGUAAAAUAUAACAUUGUAAACAGAAAAAUACAUAGGAAUUCAGAGAGGGAAGUAGAAUCACCACUCUGAAAAAGGUUCAUUUUUACAGCAAAAGGUGGAAUUCAUUUCCUUUGUCAGUAAUCCUCCAUUUUGGAAGGUCUUUAUGAAAGGUCACAAUAUGUGCCAGAGCUCUUGCCAUUUCACAUAUAUAACUGAUGAUCCUGUCUGUAUUCUUGUGGUUUUAUGAGAGUAAACAAGUUUCUGUUGCCAUAGAAAAGUUGCUUCUGCAGAUGUGUGUAAUGAUCUUUUGGGUGGUAUGCUAAAUGAAUGACUUUAUCUAUGAAUGUUAUAAUUGUUAUAUGAAGAAACUGUUUAAAAUAGUUGUGAUCUGAUUAUCAGAUUAGUUUUUGUUCAAUGGUGAAAAUAAAUACUUUAUAUGCUA